GCCACUUCUAACGUCGAUACGAUUUAGAGUGCGAAAUGUGUUGCGGUUGAAUGCGUUAAAAGUCUCCCGAUCAGUCUGACGUAACACAGUCAGCUGAAUGCUAUUUUAAUUUAUUUAUUUUAGUAUAUCGACAAAAUAAAAUAUGCCUAAUAUUAUAAAUGAAAUUAAAUUAGAUUUUAAAGACGUUCUUCUGAGACCUAAAAGAUCGACGAUUAAAAGUAGAAACGAUGUUAACUUAUACAGGAAUAUUACAUUUAAAAAUUCAAAACAAACUUAUGAAGGCAUCCCUGUUAUGGCGUCAAAUAUGGACACUGUCGGCACUUUCAAGAUGGCACAUGCUCUUGCAAAAAACGGUUUAUUUACUUGUGUCCACAAGUACUAUAGCGUAGAUGAAUGGAAACAAUUUGCUCAAAAUCACCCGGAGUGUUUGAAACAUGUAGCUGCCAGUUCAGGAAUGUCUGACGCCGAUUUUGUUAGAUUAUCGGAUAUACUGAACGCAGUACCUGGUGUAACAUUUAUUUGUUUAGAUGUAGCGAAUGGUUACUCUCAACAUUUUGUCGAUUAUGUUAGAAAAGUUAGAGCAGCCUUCCCAACGCACACUAUCAUCGCAGGUAAUGUGGUAACAGGUGAAAUGGUAGAAGAAUUGAUUUUAUCUGGAGCUGAUAUAAUUAAAGUUGGAAUUGGUCCGGGAUCAGUUUGUACAACACGAAUGAAGACGGGAGUUGGGUAUCCUCAACUUUCAGCUGUUAUAGAAUGUGCAGAUGCUGCUCAUGGACUACAAGGACACAUUAUUUCGGAUGGCGGAUGUACUUGUCCUGGCGAUGUAGCUAAAGCUUUCGGAGCUGGUGCUGACUUUGUAAUGGCCGGAGGAAUGUUCGCUGGUCAUGACGAGUGUGAUGGUGAGGUGAUCGAAAAAAAUGGAAAGAAAUUCAAGUUAUUCUAUGGAAUGUCAUCUAGUACAGCAAUGGAUAAACAUGCAGGUGGAGUAGCAGAAUAUAGAGCAUCAGAAGGCAAAACUGUCGAAGUACCUUACAAAGGAGAAGUGCAAAAUACAAUUUUAGAUAUUUUAGGAGGUCUUCGUAGUGCUUGUACAUAUACUGGAGCGUCAAAAUUAAAAGAGCUGUCUCGUAGAUCAACUUUUAUACGAUGUACUCAGCAGCUUAACAAUAUUUACAGCUAGGCUUCAUAAGUAGAUUGUAGAAUGGAAUUGCCGAAUUUUAAUCUAAUGUAUCAUCAUUUAUGUAUAAAUUUAAAAUUAUACACUUUAUUUGAAUUUUUUUCCCUUUGACUUGUAUCCACAUCAUUGAUUAGUAAAGGUAGCUAUUAUUGCCGAACUUA